AUGUCGCUCAUUGUCAGCUGGAGUCAGGAUGAUUAUGUAUUUGAGUUUUUAGUUAUGGUUCCCAGGGCGUUCGAAGCAUUUGAAAUAUACACAUGUCGCGCAUGUCCCGAGCAGGACAACGACCAAACACGCGCUAAGGGCUUCCAAAUGCAAUCAAUGGUUGACGAAAAGACUGCGAUAGGAAUUCUCUCGGCACUUAUAAAUGAUCACGACGUUUUGGAGGUGUACAAACAAGUCUUGACGAUAAGGAAAAAGUGCCUUGAAGAGAAGAGAAGAGGAGAAAGCUGGCGCGGUGGCCGACGUUUCUGCUUUUUACGUGGUGGGCACAAUGCUGGCGGCCUGAGGAUUCAGGUGCGCAGUGGUUACCUAAGCAUUCAUUUUGCUGCUCUGAAGCUUUGCUCUGUCGCUCGAGGACAGGGUGAACCAACGUCCCAACGACAGUCAUGUCCUCAUCUAGCAGAGGAAGCCGGACAUUACGAUCCGUGCUAUCUAUCAUCAUCACCAGCUUCUGCUACUAGCAUCUGCUCCCGCUGCGCUGCCACCCGAACGCACCCCUUGCGCUUCUACUCUGCCGUCAGCGUCAUCGACACCACCACCACCGCCCCUUCCACCUCACAACCACCCGCGUCCGCCGCCACCGCGUACGACAUUCGCUCCGGGCUGAUUCUAACACGCCCGCCGCUCCUCACCCGUCCGCUGCACCCCUUUGAGAGCGCCUUCUUCUUCUACCAGAAGCGUCUCGAGGAGCGCCUCAACACGGCCUUUAUCCCGUCCAUCUACUACAAGCCCGACACGCCGCGGCGCCUCGACUGGGACCUCAAGGUCAAGGAGCGCCAGGGCACCGUGGCCAAGGAGCUCGGCGCGUACCACGGCCACAGCGCCACGGCGUGGGACGACGAGCUGCUCGUCGGCGACCCGCUGAGCGCCCCCGAGACCGCCACCGCCAGUCUGCUGCGUGACGCCCAGGCCAGGAUCAGCGACGAUGCCGAGGUCAUUGCCCCCGAGGACCUCAUGGAGGUCCCGGCCCCGCGCCCCCGCCGCACCGAGGCCGACGAGCGCGGCGACGUCCGCCGCCUCGACAGGAAGCUCGACCAGACGCUGUACCUCGUCGUCAAGGGCAAGGACGGCUGGGGCUUUCCGGCCGACGUACUGGCCGAGUCGGAGAACCUUCACGUGGCGGCGCAGCGGGCCCUCCAGCAGGCCGCCGGCGUCAACAUGAAUACGUGGAUCGUCGGCCGCGUCCCCGUCGCCCACCUCAUCGACGAGCCCACGCGCGCCGCCGACGGCGCCGUCCAGAAAAAGGGCCGCAAGACGUUUUACCUCCGCGGCCGCAUCAUGGCCGGCCAGGCCGACCUCGCCGGCAACUCCCUCGGCUAUACCGACUUUCAGUGGCUGACGCGCGAGGAGCUCGAGCAGGCGCUGCCCGCGGCCUACUUUCGCGGCGUGCGCAACAUGAUGUCGGAUCGGUAG